AUGGCGCUCCUGACCUCCGUCACGCGUGGUACCCCCAAAAUGGUGGCGUCGCCUAGCCAGGACCCUCCCACCAAUUCGCCGAUAACUGUCCACAGUUAUACAAUGCGCGCCAUUUUCACCGGAACUGUUUGCUAUUCUGGAUUGAUCGCGCGCAUACCCGCGUGGUGGUGGGACGCCGUCGGCUUCGCUUUCUACCGAAACGCGGCCGACCGAGAGAAUGCUGGC